AUGGCGCGCUCAGCCCCUGUGGAGACCCCGCUGCGGUAUCUCGGGCCCCCUUUGCCGGCCACGAGCGCGUCCCGCGCCUCGGCCGAGACCGCGGUGGCCCCACGGAGGGUGCUGUUUGCCGACGAGGCACUGGGGCUGCCGCUGGCGCAACUGCGACGCUACCGGCCAUGGGGUGGGCCCGGGGCGGGCAAGAUGGCGGGCACCGGGCAAGAUGGUGGCGGUGCUGAGGACGACGAUGGCGAGGAUGGGGAUGAAGGGGUGGAGGAGGAAGAGGCUUUCCUCGAGCCCUCGCCGUCGUGCCCUGUCCACGCUGGCAGGGGGUUUUACCUGGUGCCCACAUUUUCGUUGCCCCCCGCACCUGGCCGUCUAGAGCGCUUGGGGCGCGUCAUGGUGGAGCUGGAGGCUCUGUUGCCGCCUCCCGGAGCAGUUCCUGGGGGUUCUGGGGUAUGGGUGCCUGGGGGGCGCCCACCUGUGCUACGCGGGUUGGUACGUGUGCUGAAUCGCUCCUUUGAGAAGGCAGUGCACGUGCGGGCCUCACACGACGGCUGGGCUUCAUUUUGCGACCAUCCAGCACACUAUGUACCGUGUAGCCCACCGGGGGCAGGAGCGGGAGGUACUGGAGCAGGAGAUGCCGUCCUGGAUCCUUUCCUCAGUCUGGGCCCCAGCCAAGUGUCAGCCUUCUCGCCUGAUGAUGGCAGCCGCACUGACCGCUUUGCCUUCCAGCUGCCCUUUGCUGAGGGCGCGGGCGAUGGGGCGCGCCUGGACUUCGUGGUGCGCUAUGAGACCCCAGAGGGCACUUUCUGGGCCAACAACCAAGGCCGCAACUACACAGUUCUGCUCCGGAUUGCACCCGCUCCCAUACCCACUGAUGCUGAAAGGCUGCAGCAGCUGGAGCAGCAGCAGCUGGAGCAGCAGCAGCUGGAGCCACAACCCAAGUGCCAGGGUCCGGUGGAGGCUGAGGCCAGGCAGCUGAAGAGCUGCAUGAAGCCAGUGAGGCGCAGGCCUCAUGAGGAAGAACUGAGAAUGACGAGCAUGGAUAAUAAUGUCCCUGCUGUGGCAGAAUAUUUGGACGUUCAGGAGUCAUUAGGUCCCUUGGUGGCCCCCACCCCUCUCCGUCCAUGGCCACAGAUGACACUUCAGGUUUCUGAAGUUACUGUGACUGGCAACUCCCCAGAGGAAGGUGACAUCCAUAGGAGCAGUCUACCUGUGGCUUUCACAGAGGUUCCCCAGGCACCUGCCAUAAGGAUUCCUCCCUCCUCCCCUCUUGGUGGUCUAGGUAGCACACCCAGGGACCAGGCUUCGGGUCCAGAUGGGACUGAAGGGGAAACAAGGCCUUUUUUGGAACUCAGCCAACAACAAGUAGAGGCCACAUGGAAAGUAUCCAGUGAAAAUGGAGGAUGCCAAAAGGACUCCAUGGUGGGAGUGAUUAUAGAUGAGUCCCCUGGGCGUCUGGAGGUUGGGAGUAGGGUGGAAGAGCUGCUUGGUGAGGACACCAUUGACCAAGAGCUGGAGCAACUCUAUUUGUCCCACUUGAGCCGUUUGAGGGCUGCUGUGGCUGCAGGAGGGCUGGUGACUGGUGGGGAGGUAAACACAGAUGGGGGGUUGUUGCCCUGCCAUUCCAUGGGCAUACUAACAGAUCGAGACUUGAUUUUGAAGUGGCCUGGCCCUGAGCGGGCCUUAAACAGUGCUUUGGCUGAAGAGAUCACACUACACUAUGCCCGGCUGGGACGUGGUGUAGAGCUCAUCAAGGACACUGAGGACCUUGAUGAGGAUGGGGAGGGUGAAGAGGGGCAUUCCAUUACACCCUCCAGCCCAGCAGAGGACACUCCCAAGGAGUUCCUCCCAGAAAUCCUCUCUGGGAUCCAGUCUGUGGUAGCCACUGUGGGAGAUGUGUGGCUUCCAUGGGUAGAUGGCUCAGAAUGUGAUAACCCUGUGGUUUUAUGUACAGAGGAUCAGUUUAUUAGAGAUCCAGAUAUGGGAAUGGGUAAGGACACUGAUUCUUUGCACAUAAAUGGAGUGAUAGAUGGAAUAACCAACUCCCAAGGGGAGGCUAUGGCAGAAAACCCAAUAGAGUUUACUACUGAGUGGACAGACAGUGUGAUUCCUAUAUCUGGCAAGGAGCCAGCUGUUCUAGUCUCUAGGCAGAGACAAAACCCUAGGUUCCUCAAAACAGACUUGAUUCCCUUGAAGGCUGAAGUCUGUUCUUCCAGUCCAGACAAACCUUAUAUGAAUUCCCAAGAUAAAGAGGAUUCAGGCCCAUGUCUUGAACCUCAAAAUAAGUCUCAUGCUCAAGCUUCACCUGGAGAAUGUAUGUAUGGAUUGCCUUCCCAUUUACAGAGACCCUUGGCCCAGACUCUGGGGGUCCUGGCUGGGCUAGUGGUGGUACCUGUGGCUCUUCACAGUGGGUUGUUUAUCCUGGUGUUUGCUCUAUUUCUCUCUCUGGCUUGGUUCUCAUAG